ACGGCGACUGUCCCCCGCCGGCGAGCGCAGCGCCCCGACGCCAUGGCCAAAGCCUGCACCGCCCAAGUGGCCAAGGAGACGCGAGAGCAGAUGGCCUUCUUUAGAGAAUCCCUUCUGAAAGAGGCUGAAGAAUUCCUUUUCACAUUUGUACCUGCCAAAAUAUGUCAGUUGGAUCAGUUUCUUAAGGAAGACUCACUGAAUAUUCAAGAUUUGACAACUCUUAAAGCUCCUUUGGAUAUCCCUAUUCCAGACCCCCCACCCAAAGACGAUGAGAUGGAUACAGAAAAAGAGGAGAAAGAAGCUCCAAAAUGUGGUUAUCUCAAGGGGAAUGAGGUUCUCAUUUCACUUCUGGAUCGUGUUAAACCUGAAGUUCGGGAGUUUAAAGAGAAAUGCAUUUUGGUCACCACCUGGAUUCAGUUCAUGAUUCCCAAAAUUGAGGAUGGCAAUGAUUUCGGGGUAGCAGUUCAGGAGAAGGUGCUUGAACGUAUUACGGCUCUGAAGACCAAAGCUGAAGCUUUCCAAACAACAAUUGCUAAAUAUUUUUUGGAUAGGGGAGAUGCCGUUGCCAAGGCCUCCAAAGAAAUGCACGUGAUGGAUUACCGGUGUUUGGUUCACGAACGUGACGAGGCCGUCUACCGAGAAAUGCAGACCAUGGUGCUUGAUAUCCGUGGAUUUUAUGCUGAGCUGUACCACAUCUUAAGCAAAAAUCUGGAGAAAUUGACUAAUCCCAAGGGUGAAGAGAAGGCAUCCAUGUACUAACAGGAAAAGGGUGUCUACAGGGCGAGCCGGCAAGGGAUGGGUCAUGGUAUCCUUGUGCAAGUAACACAAUUUGCCAGAAUCUGUAGCCGCCAUUCCUUGCACAGCAGCUCGGUGCAGCUUUUCCUCUUUUUGGGUGGUGUUUUGCAAACAUAAAAAUAUAGGGUUAGAAAUUUAGAACUGGAAGGAAAGAAACUUCUGGGAGAGAAGCAGCAAAUAGUGAGACAAAAUAAAAUGUUUUCAUCUA